AGAAGCCACAGCGGUAAUACUCUGUACAAGGUCUCGGUUACAGCUCGGGAUGAUGUGCCAGGAUUCGGGCCAGCUCUGCCAAAUCCUGCCGUGUUUCAAAAGAACCAGCAGUUUCGAGAAUUUCUUCUCACUAAAUUGAUCAAUGCUGAAGUUAGCUGCUACAAAGCAGAGAGGUUCUCCAAGCUUCAGGAGCGAACACGCAGCUGCCUCAUGGACACUCUGUAUGAAGAACUCUUUCUGCACAGUCAGACAGUCCUGGGGACUAUGGAGGAGAAUUCUGGGGACAAGAUGGAAAACUCCUUAGUGGUUUCCUGGAGAACUUUAAAACCUUUUCUCUGUCUCUGCGGAGUCCCCAGCGUUCUCGUGACGCUCUCUCACGUGGGUGUAGAAGUAGCAGCAUUGCCAUUGAGAGCGUCUCCGAGGAGAAAAGAAAUCUGACAAACCAGACUUUGGAGUUCUGCCGAAAACCAAUGCCGUCCUACUCCUCGUCCAAUAGCAGCAGCUUCUGCAGCGCACAAGGCAGCGAGAGCUCCCCAGAGGACAAGAUAACGG